UAUUAUGUUAAAUGAAGUCUGUACAUUAAACUUGGAAAUAGCUUUGCAUGUGGCUCAUGCGCUUUGUAAACUUUUACAGUCAUUUUUAUAUUCUCCUCGUACGUUACCUAGUGCCAAAUCUGCCAAGAUUAUAUGGACUAGAGACUGUUGACAGUAAAGCUCUUUUAAUUGGCCAUUAUCCUGAAGUUUAAGUAAAACCAUAUUUUCUGAGGUUUCUUGUGACUGAAAUGGAUCUUCUCUGACUGUUUGAAUCAGCUGAACAUUUAGUACUCAGAGCAGCCAUAAAAUUGUAUUUAGUAUAAUCAUUAAAUUUAUUUUGGUCUUCCAUUUUUGAAACUUGACUUUCAAAACUAAAAGCUGUUCACAACUUUGUGUCAUCUUUUAUGGAUUCUGUGAAAUGUUGGCUUUGUCAGUUGUGUUUUUUCUUCUCUUGUAAACUCUUUUGGAGUAUAUUAUGCUAUCAGGCAAGUAGAUUUAUUGCAGUAAGUGUAGGCGGCACUGGUCAGCUGCGAGUGUUGUCCUGCUGGGACUACACCCUUUGAUGGAAGAGGAGCAGCUGUGAAGGUGCUGUUUCAGGCUCUGGCUGUCUUAUUAUAAAAAAAAUUCUGCUGUGCAUUGGAAGGGAAGUUGGAUCAUGUGACUCUUAACACCCUACCCCAUGUCAUACUGCGCAGCAGUACUGAUUGCCUUUAUCCAAUCAUGCCUGGAAUGCGUCAUGUCACUUGGGCUAUUUCUGCUAUCUGUCGCUAUCAAGCUUUAGUGCUAACAGUUUGGCAGAUGGGACAGUUUUUUCUUGAGGUUACCUCUUCGCUUUUUUUUAAUAUGCUUCUGGCAGUGUGCUUCCCUCUACUCGUGUCUUGAACUAAACUUUUUUCUCCUAAGCUAUGGCCCAUCGACUGCGUCUCUAUUUUGGAUCGAACAGGAGUAACACAGAUCCAGAACUGGGGAUGCUGGAUGAAGAGAGGGAAAACGAUGUCUGCAUGACAUUCCACACUUUACCAAGAAGAACUGCUCCUCAUCCUUUUGAGAACAUACCUGAGCCAGUUCCAGUCACUGGAUUGCCUUUGCAAGAGCGGACCUCCCUGAAUCGGAGCUCUUCCAUGAUCGUCCCUCAGUUGUACGGCAAUGAAUCCCGGCCCACCAGAAGCUCCUCGAUGCAGAUCUCGCUGCAACGCAAACCAAUGAAUGGAUGUAAUGCUCGAGUCCCAGAGUAUCCUGGGCCGCCGUUAACAGGCAGGGGAGUGGAAGUUGGCAGCAAUGAUAGUUUAUUUUCCAGAAGCCAUUCUCUUCCAAGUGUGCCUCUCUGCACAGAUGAUCCCCCACCCUACAGUGUGGCUGCUGAGUCAUCACAACAAACCAGUGAAAGUACUCCAUCGAAUUGCAGAAUACGUUGUCGUUUUCCUUUGGAACAAAAGCGAAGUGCAUUUGGCCCGGAGGAAUUAGCAAACGGGUCUGCCUCUGGUAUACAUGUUGGGGGUGUCAGAAUACAGCGGCAUUCACCAACGAGGGACGUGCAUCAAUUACACCUGUCGCCUUUUAAUGGACACCAGAAAGCUGGUGCUUCUGUGACCAGGCGCUGGUCCUUGCAGCAUCAGCCUGAUAUAUCGGGGAACAUGGGGCAAUCCUGCUUCAUUUUGCAGCUUCAGCAACAGCGGGAAGGUUUGCAGAAUUCGUGGAUGGAUUUAAAAACUGGGCGAACCAGCACAAGGAGGGAAAAUGCCGCCAGGUUUCCACACAUCCGGCUGGGGCGAAGCACUUCAGCCUCCUUACCAAUUAAAGGAAACGGUGAAUGUUUUGACAUGGCUGAUAGGGAGGAAGUCGCUGGAACUGCAGUUGGGGAAAACAAUCUUGAAAUGCUACGUAGCAGUUCAUUGGAAACAAUACCUCAGGCACCGUCCCGCAAGUUUCAAAUCAGGCAGGAGCAUAAUCAGAGGCAGCCCCAUGUUCGAAUUCUUUUAACCCGAGGACAUGGAGAUAAAGCUGAAGGCUCAAUGAAGGAUGAUGGUGGCUGUGUUCAUAGAAGAAUGAAUUCAGUCACCAGAGAGAACUCUGUGACAAGAGAUGAUUUCCUGGGCCAAGUUGAUGUGCCUCUUAAUCACUUACCGGCAGAAGAUCCAGCCUUGGAAAGGCCAUAUACUUUUAAAGACUUCCUGCUCAGGCCAAGGAGUCAUAAAUCCCGGGUGAAAGGAUUUCUACGUUUGAAGAUGGCCUACCUUCCAAGGAAUGGUGGGCAAGAAGAAGAUACUCCUGAACAAAGGGAAGAAUCCGAGCGUGUCUGGAACAUGGCUGACCCCGCUGAUUCAGGAGCCCAACGUGAGCAACAGUUGCCUCCACUGCCGCCUGGCUGGGAAGAGAAAACGGAUAACCUCGGUCGGACUUACUAUGUGAAUCAUAACAAUAGGACAACGCAGUGGCAGCGACCAAGUCUAGUAGAUGUGGAAAAUGAAUCAGACAGCAACAUUCGGCACAUCCAGCAAGAAGCCCACCGAGUGUUUCGGUCACGCCGGCACAUUAGCGAAGACUUGGAGACCACUGAUAAUCGGGACGGCGGCGACCCAUGGGAAACCAUCUCUGAAGAAUCUUUUCUCGAUGGUGAUCAACUUUUCCAACCUUUACCCCCUCCUUCCACUCCACCAAUUGCAUCAGAGAGCAGCCUGCCUGACCUCUCUGAUGAACUAAACAGGCGAUUGCAAGUUGCUUCAGAGUUAAAUGGGGAAGAACAUGGUCCACAUCCAAGUGAAUCUCUUACAAGGAUACGUUCCUAUAGUGUAACAGAUGGUAUUGAAGAUGAAGUUCAAGCCUCAAUGACCACCCAAUCCCGACGACCUCGUUCUUCAACUGUUACUGGCAUUGAACAACAAAAUGAAACCACGCAGUCAGCGGCAGCCUACACGCUCACAACACCUGGCUUGCUACCAGGAUGGGAAGAGCGGAAAGAUGCAAAGGGACGUUCCUAUUAUGUAAACCAUAACAACAGAACUACUACUUGGACACGCCCAAUUGUGCAGCAUGCAGACGAUGGUGCAUCUACUACAGCAGCCAGCAACAGCCUUUUAAGCGAGCCUCAGAUACGGCGACCUCGCAGUCUCAGCUCACCCACUGUAACCUUAUCAACCCCAAUGGAGGGUGCUAAAGACCCCCCUCUGCACAGAGCUGUAAAGGACACCUUGUCUACUCCUCAGUCUCCUCAUCUUUCACCUUACAGUUCGCCAAAGGCACAGCAUAAGAUUGUGCAGAGUUUCCUGCCUCCUGGUUGGGAAAUGCGCAUGGCACCAAAUGGUCGGCCUUUCUUCAUCGAUCACAAUAGUAGAACAACAACAUGGGAAGAUCCACGGCUCAAAUAUCCAGUUCAUUUAAGAGCAAAAGCAUCGUUGGAUCCAAAUGAUCUUGGACCUCUCCCUGCUGGCUGGGAGGAGAGAAUCCAUUUAGAUGGAAGGUCGUUCUUCAUAGAUCACAAUACAAAAAUCACACAGUGGGAGGAUCCAAGAUUGCAGAAUCCAGCCAUUACUGGACCUGCUGUGCCAUAUUCCAGAGAAUUCAAGCAGAAAUACGAUUACUUCCGGAAGAAACUGAAGAAGCCAGCCGAUAUACCCAAUAGAUUUGAAAUGAAACUGCAUAGAGGCAACAUUCUUGAGGAGUCGUACAGACGAAUUAUGUCCUUAAAGCGACCAGAUGUGUUGAAGGCUCGACUGUGGAUAGAAUUUGAGUCAGAAAAAGGACUUGAUUAUGGAGGUGUUGCAAGAGAGUGGUUCUUUCUUUUAUCCAAGGAAAUGUUCAAUCCUUACUAUGGGCUUUUUGAAUAUUCAGCCACAGAUAACUACACACUUCAGAUCAACCCAAAUUCUGGCCUUUGUAAUGAAGAUCAUCUUUCUUACUUCAAGUUCAUUGGGCGUGUGGCUGGAAUGGCAGUGCACCAUGGCAAGUUACUGGAUGGCUUCUUUAUCAGACCCUUUUACAAGAUGAUGUUGGGAAAAUCCAUCACACUGAAAGAUAUGGAGUCUGUAGAUGGUGAAUAUUUCAACUCGUUAAGAUGGAUUCUUGAAAAUGACCCUUCUGAGCUGGAUCUCAGAUUUUGCAUUGAUGAAGAGAAUUUCGGACAGACCUAUCAAGUGGAUCUGAAACCCGGUGGUUCAGACACGGUGGUCACCAAUGAAAACAAAAGGGAAUACAUAGACUUAGUCAUCCAGUGGAGGUUUGUUAAUCGGGUGCAGAAGCAAAUGAACGGCUUCAUGGAGGGCUUCACAGAACUCGUUCCUAUUGAUUUGAUUAAAAUAUUUGAUGAAAAUGAACUAGAGUUGCUGAUGUGCGGCCUUGGAGAUGUGGAUGUCAAUGACUGGAGGCAGCACACAGUCUACAAAAACAACUAUUGUACAAACCACCCAGUUAUUCAGUGGUAUUGGAAGGCAGUGCUGCUGAUGGAUGCUGAGAAACGUAUUCGACUUUUGCAGUUUGUUACUGGAACUUCAAGAGUGCCAAUGAAUGGGUUUGCUGAACUAUAUGGUUCCAAUGGUCCUCAGCUAUUUACAAUAGAACAGUGGGGAACUCCAGAUAAGCUGCCCAGGGCACACACCUGCUUUAACCGCCUUGAUUUACCGCCUUACGAAUCCUUUGAAGAUUUACGCGAAAAGCUUCUUCUGGCAGUAGAAAAUGCUGAAGGAUUUGAAGGAGUCGAUUAAAUAACUGCAGUUGUGGUCAACAUGAUGCUGCUCAUUUUUCUUUUUUAUAGAUUUAGGAACUUUUCCAGUGAUAUCAAUUUAAUUGCACAGGACAUUGGUACACGGAACAAAUUCUUCUAUGCUAAUUCCUAUUUCAAGUUUCUGGAAGACUGGAAAAUUCAAAACUGACUUUCCAGACAAUUGUAAUAAAAGAAGAAAAGUGGAUGAUGUGUGGAUAAAAAGUGCAUUUCAAUAGGACUCAACUAUGUAUUUAAAAAAAGUUCUAAACAUUUUAUCAACUUUGUAAUGAAAGUGACUGCAAAUUCUCACUUUCACAGGUAUAGUAUUAUCACUUUGUUUACUCAAUGGACUGCAUAAUAACCAGUUAUUUAGAAAUCCUUGUAACAUAACCUAUCCAGUUAAAAGGUGAGAUUUGUAAAAUGGGUUAAAGAUUGGAAUUGUGUUCACACACAAAUAGCAGUGCAUUAACAUUUUCUUGUGAAACAUGUGUGCCUCCUUUCCCCACCAGUCAUGAUUAAAAGCAUGUCAAAAGCAUUUUUAAAUUAUUGAUGAUGUCGUUUUACACUUGCCUGAAAUGUGAAAAGCUAGAUCUAUAUUUUUAUUUAACAAUUGUCGUCAAUGUCCCUAAAUGGGUCUCGGAAACAAAUUAGAGCAAACAUGGUUAUGCCCCAAUAGCUGAGUAACAAUAUGGUUAUCCAUUUAGUAUGUAUUUAAAUACCACCAUCAUUGAGCGGAUGACCAAAUAACAGUGCUCAAGGUGUUUUCUAUAAAAUGUUACCCAAAUUUCCUCUCUUUUUGGAACCAGGUGACUUAACUAUGAUAUAGCAAAUUAUUACAAUGUGCCUGUAGCCUGUUUCACCCCUCAGUGUGCUGGUGGGUCCAGGAGCAAUUGCUAACUGGACCUUAAAUCAUUAUAACAGGUUAUAAAUAACAUGCCAUGAUAAAGCUGGCCAAUAUCAUGAGUUUUGAUAUCAUGAUAUAUGUACCAUGGUUGUACUGCUGACUAAAUCCAGAAAAUAACUCCAUAACAUGUGAAACUACUUAUUGCCUUUAACUGCUUCUGUUUUGUUUUACAAACUCAACUGUUUUUUAGUAUUAAUUUAAUUUUUCAAUCCUAUUUUUAAUCUUCUGUUAGAAAUUCCAGCCUCCCGAUCUAAGUAAUGUGUUCAUUGUUUUAUUUAGCCUCCCUCCAUUCAGGGUCAGGAGUAAGUUUUUUUUUUUAAUUUAAAAUAUUUACUUAUUUGUCUUAUAAUAGUCCUUUGAACCUGGUUGCAAUCAAUACAAGAUUACUGUGACUAGAUGAAUGGCAGAAAAAUGCAACAACCCAGGAAAGGAAUUCUAACAAACGAGCACAAACUGUGACAGCCACCUUGAUAUUUACAGAAUGAAAGUUAACCACUACCAAUCAAAAUAUGAAUGACUAAUAUGUUUGUCUCAUUAUUGCUAGAGCUUAUGCUGAUUUUUAAGAAAAUGCGUUUUGUUGCAAAACCAAGAAAUCUAGGGGCACUUUAUAAAUCCCAUAAAGGCCAUGGCUGUUUAAUUGUUGUUAAAGGUGUACAUUUUUAAUACUGAGUAUGCUUAUCCAGUGCAAUAUCUAUCUGUACAUUUUUCUACUGAUUAUGUCACAACAAAUCCAACAUGGAGCCAAGCAGAGUAAUUGUUUGUCUUUCUUCAUUUAUCCUCAACAUGUCUUUUCCCUUAAAAACCAUUGCACACAAUUUCAAAACUCACCUCGAAUAUGUAAAGUCUCUCCUGAAAUCCUUCUAACCCUAGUUAAUUCCCAAAAAGUAAACUUUCCUUAUGAAUGUCGCAAGUUUUGUAAUUUGUUUUUUAUGCAUAUGCAUUGAUAUGAAAAGUAUUUAUCUAAUUUAGGAUAGUGAUUAAGUGUAACAAAACCUUUGCUCCAGAAUAUGUUUGCAGAAACUGUCAGAUUUUUGCUGAGGCCUUUUAGAAUGAAAAGAUUAAACAUGGGUUGACCUUAAA